CAACACAAUCUCUCUCUCUCUCUCUCUCUCUCUCUCCCUCUCUCUUUCUCCUCACAACUCUCCAACACAAUCUCUCUCCCAAUCUCUCUCUCUCUCACAGACUGUGACCAUACAUGUUACACAGAUUCCAACAACAAAGUGAACGAAACAGCUGUAUGAAAGUUCAUAUAUCAAAUGGCAGGACAGAUACACAGGCUCUAAUCUGAAGAAAAUAAAUAAUAUCUGAAGAAAAACAAACUUGAAAAGCCAAAGACCAAGCUGAAAGGUGCCAUCAAUUAUUAUUUUGAUGGAGAAGAACUGUAUAGUGGGCAGAAAUGGAGAAGAGCUGCAACUCCCCGUUGGAUUCAGGUUCCGUCCCACUGAUGAAGAGCUCAUUCUUUACUACUUGAUGCCCAAAGCUCAAUCUCUGCCUUUACCUGCAGCCUUCAUUCCUCAAAUCGAUGAGAUUUUUCAAUCCCACCCCUCUCAUUUGCCAGGUGAUGUGGAGCAGAGGAGAUAUUAUUUCUGCAAGAGAAGCUGGGAUUAUUCGAAGACAUGCAGGAGCAGAAUAAAUUAUAUAAGCAACGAGUCGAGUUACUGGAAGCAAGCGGGGAAAGAGAGAGCUAUCAGUGUUGAUGUGGCUCAUAGGAGGAGUAUUGUUGUUGGAACGAAGAAAUUAUUUGUUCUGUACGAAGAAAAGCAAAAGACUUCUUGGUGCAUGCAAGAGUACCGCCUUCUGCCUUCUCAAUUCGAGGAUUUCGAUAACUGGGUCGCGUAUCGCGUAUAUCAGAGAAAAAGAAACGGUAGGGUGAAAAAUACGAGGGAGAAUACGAAGAAGAUGGAUGUAGCAGAAGGUGUGGAGAUGAUGAGUAUAAAUAACGCUACUGAAGUGGAAUCUUCUCCUUUGCCAUCCCCGUUAUGUUCUAGCAACGAUGAGGAGACAUUUCUAUGAAUUUACAGUGUUUACUAUUAGGCUUGCUUGUUUCUGGUCAAGAUUGAUCUACUGUAAUACUUUCUUCAAUCAAAUUUCUUUUUGUUUUGUUCCCA